CCAUCUUAGAACCAAGUUGCUGUAGCCUAUACGCUAUACAUUCAAGGAAUCAACCAUCCCAACUCCCUCUCUCUCUCUCUCUCUCAUGGCUCAAACAACUCCAAACCACACACAAACUGUUUCUGGCUGGGCAGCCCAUGAUUCCUCUGGCAAGAUCACCCCUUACACCUUCAAAAGAAGAGAAAAUGGCAUCAACGAUGUGACCAUCGAUAUCUUGUACUGUGGUAUAUGCCAUACUGAUCUUCACCACGUUCGCAACGAUUGGGGCAUCACCAUGUACCCUGUUGUCCCCGGGCAUGAAAUAACAGGGUUGAUAAGCAAGGUGGGAAGCAAUGUGAGCAAGUUCAAGAUAGGGGACAGGGUGGGCGUGGGAUGCUUGGCGGCGUCGUGUUUGGAAUGCGAGUUCUGCAAGGACUCGCAGGAGAACUACUGUGACCAGAUUCAGUUUACAUACAAUGGCAUUUUCUGGGAUGGUAGCAUCACCUAUGGUGGCUACUCCAAAAUGCUCGUUGCAGAUCAGAGAUAUGUGGUGCAUGUGCCAGAAAACCUACCAAUGGAUGCAGCAGCACCAUUGUUGUGUGCUGGUGUAACUGUGUUCUGCCCAUUGAAGGACAACAACAUGCUUGAGCUUGACUCCCCCCCCAAAAAGCUCGGAGUGAUCGGACUCGGAGGUCUCGGCCAUGUCGCUGUCAAAUUCGGCAAGGCCUUUGGUCACCAUGUCACUGUCAUCAGCACCUCCCCAUCUAAAGAAGACGAGGCUAAACACCGGUUGGGUGCAGACGAUUUCAUUGUCAGCACUGAUCUUGCUCAAAUGCAG